CAACCGGGUAGAACCCGCGCGACUGCGCCACGGACACACCGGAGCACGCAGAAGCCCGAUAAGGAUUGUAACUUGCAGACAGGAGUGUAAGGAAGCUCGUGAGGUUUAUUCCGGAACUGGACUAACGGGACACGGUGUCGUUUCACACUUUAACGGACUCGCGCGCUCCCUCCCCUCUGCUCUGGCACGAGACUGUGAGAAAGUUUUGGCCAGGCGCGUCUGAACUCCGGUGAGCUCGUGCUGGAAUUCCGCGCUCCCGUGAUUCGCAGGGAUUUUAUCAGCAGGAUUGUCGAUAUCGUCAUCAUGGCUCGGUUCGGGUUCGGGCUCGCGCUGCUGGCGCUCGUUUUGGGGCUCGCGCACGCGUUCGGGGACGAGGAGGAGAUGACCUGCGACCCGAUUCGCAUCUCCAUGUGUCAGGAUUUGGGAUACAAUGUGACCAAGAUGCCGAACUUGGUUGGAAACGUGCUGCAGUCCGACGCCGAGCUCCAACUGACCACAUUUACACCGUUAAUACAGUACGGCUGCUCGAGCCAGCUGAAGUUCUUCUUGUGCUCCGUCUACGUUCCCAUGUGCACUGAGAAGGUUCCCAUUCCGAUCGGCCCGUGCGGCAGCAUGUGCUUGUCCGUAAAGAGGAAGUGUCUUCCAGUCCUGCAGGAGUUUGGCUUUGUGUGGCCGGAGCUCCUGAACUGCAGCCUUUUCCCGCCUACGAACGAUCAGAACCACAUGUGCAUGGAGGGUCCGGGAGACGAAGACCCGCUGUUCCACGCCGUCCGCCCUGUGCCGCCGCAGGAGGAGGAGUGUUUGGCGCUGGGUGCCGGCGUUGAGCAGUACGCCUGGGUGAAGCGCAGCGGAAGCUGCUCGCUGCAGUGUGGAUACGACUCGGGAUUGUAUCGGCGGCAGGCCAAAGUCUUUACGGACGUGUGGAUGGCGGUGUGGGCGGUUCUCUGCUUCAUCUCCACCACGUUCACCGUGCUGACAUUCUUGGUCGACUCCUCGCGGUUCUCCUACCCGGAGCGGCCCAUUAUUUUCCUCAGCAUGUGCUGCAACAUUUACAGCGUGGCUUUCAUCGUACGGCUGACCGUCGGACGCGAGCGCAUCUCCUGCGACCUGGAAGAGGCGGCCGUGCCUGUUCUAGUGCAAGAGGGGCUGAAGAACACGGGUUGCGCUAUUGUCUUCCUCCUCACGUAUUUCUUCGGCAUGGCCAGCUCAAUCUGGUGGGUGAUCCUGACACUCACUUGGUUCCUGGCGGCUGGGCUGAAGUGGGGUCACGAGGCCAUCGAAAUGCACAGUUCGUACUUCCACAUCGCGGCUUGGGCCAUUCCCGCCGUCAAGACCAUUGUAAUCCUCAUCAUGCGGCUGGUGGACGCCGACGACCUCGCCGGCAUGUGCUACGUGGGCAACCAGAACUUGGAUGCGCUCACCGGGUUCGUGGUGGCGCCGCUUUUCACGUACCUAGUGAUCGGGACGCUGUUCAUCGCCGCCGGGUUGGUGGCGCUGUUUAAGAUCCGCUCCAAUUUGCAAAAGGACGGGACGAAGACGGACAAGCUGGAGCGGCUGAUGGUGAAAAUUGGCGUGUUUUCCGUGCUCUACACGGUGCCGGCCACUUGCGUCAUUGCGUGCUACUUCUAUGAAAUUUCCAAUUGGACUGACUUUCGUCAGUCAGCACGGGAUUCGUACAUGGCGGCGGAGAUGUUGCGGAUCUUUAUGUCUCUCCUGGUGGGAAUCACAUCGGGAAUGUGGGUCUGGUCCGCCAAAACUCUUCACACGUGGCAGCGAUGUUCCCACCGACUCGUGCACACUGGGCGAAACAAUCGCGUCAAACGGACCGCCAACGGCUGGGUCAAACCGGGCAAAGGCAACGAGACCGUUGUGUGACCUGCACCCACGGUUCCUCUCAUCAUGUAGCACUAUCGUUCGUUCACUUUACGCGAAAUGUUCUUAAGAUGAUCUUACACUGGACGGUCCUGGUGCAGCAGUUUUUCCGUGUAAAUAUGCACUACGCCUAACGUCAAACUCUCACUGAAGUGCCUUUGUGGACGAACUAGUCAACCUGACCUGGUGCUGGAUUCUGGGAAACUUUGCUCCUCAGUGCCGUUUACCUCGCAACGUGUCGCAGCUGCCUGGUCCGUUUCUCCUGUGACAGAACGCUUACGAAACCUGUUAAUGCUGCACACCAAAAAAUUAUAUUCUUCCUCAGUAUUUUUGUCUUGUUUUCCAGUACAAAUAUUUACUUGAGGAGGAAAAUUACUUAAAGGGAUAGUUCACCCAAAAAUGAAAAUUACCCUAUGAUUUACUCACCCUCAAGUCAUCCUAGGUGUAUAUGACUAUCUUCUUUCAGACGAACACAAUCGGAGAUAUAUUUAAAAAUAUCCUGGCUCUUUCAAGCUUUAUAAUGGGAGUGAAUGGGGGGGGCGAGAUUUUGAAGCCCCAAAAAAUGCGUCCAUCCAUCAUAAAAAUAAUUCAUACGGCUCCAGGGUGUUAAUAAAGGCCUUCUGAAGCGAAGCGAUGUGGUUUUGUAAGAAAAAUAUCCAUAUUUAAAACUUUAUUAACUAUAAUUAGCUUCCGGCAGAUAGCCGUACGCAUCGAUUUGCAGCGGAUGAGUGACCUCUGACCCGACGCAUGAUGAAAUGACGAAUGCUGAAGCUCAGAGGAUAGAGAAAUUGUUGGAGGAUUUUGAUAGAAGAGAAGAGGAGCUUGAGUUUGUUGCACAGCCCUAUUUGUUUGAACCGCGAGAGGCGUCUAAGCUUAAGAUAUUCCUAAAACCCAUCUCCUUUAUUAACCUCCUGGAGCCGUAUGGAUUAUUUUUAUGAUCGAUGGAUGCAUUUUUUGGGGCUUCAAAAUCUCGCCCCCUAUUCACUCCCAUUAUAAAGCUUGGAAGAGCCAGGAUAUUUUUAAAUAUAUCUCUGAUUGUGUUUGUCUGAAAACAGGAUGGCUUGAGGGUGAGUAAAUCAUAGAUAAUUUUAAUUUCUGCGUGAAUUAUCCCUUUAAGAAGUCUUUCUGAAAAGAUGUAUUUUUAUUUUUGCUUAAAACAUGGGAAGUGAAAAAUCAACUUAUUUAAAAGAGGAAACAAACAUUCUGAUCUUGCUGGCAGAUAUUUUUUUUCUUGUUUUAAGCAUAAACUCAGCUAAUUUUGAUACAUUUUUCAGUAUACAAGACAAGUCAUUUUGGUUCUCAAAUAAAUGCAUCUUGAUUUAAGACAAAACGAGACAAAAAUACUGAGUAAGAAAAUUAUUUUUGUGGCAUGCUUUCAAGUUGUGUUGGAUAUGCAGUUUUGUUGUGAAAGUCGGUGUGCAAUGGCAUGUCCGACAGAAGUAUGUGUGGAGGUUGCUUACUAACUUUAACUGUUGAAGCCGCUGCCAUUUUGCUGUUUAAAAUUACAUUUUACAUCUUGCACAACGAUCAAACAAGUUUCCAAGCUGGUGUAAACAGUUUUUACAGAUCAGAAACUCUUAUUUCAACAAAACGUGAACGCUUUAUAAAUUAUUGCUCAGAGAUUUCUACAGUCGAACUUCAAGAUUUAGUUACUGUCUAUUUUUGAUAUGACAAAGCUAUGAUGGGACUUAUGUUAUUUGCGCUGUCAGACACACAUUCACUCUGAAUAUAUGACACGUGACAAUCACUGACCGUGCCGUACGGGGCUCCCGUAGGGUCGAUGAAUGUAUUGACCGAUGAUAAACUCACAAACAUUUUAAAAGUGCCUCAGAAACUCACAUGCAGGUGGUACAGUCCUGGAUUUCAUGAAGGACUUCUGGAUCGAUUUGUACAUAAACUGAUGUUUGUAGUUGUAAUAUGUGUUAUUUUUGUGUUAUGAAAUGCUAAUUUAUCUUUGUAAAAACUAAGAAACUGAACAAAAAUGAAUUUAUUUAAGAAUGCUUUUGUAUCAAAUGAAAAAUUAAACUUUGAAAAUAAA